AUUACGUAUUAUAUGUAAAUUUAUUUAUUCUCGCCAAAGCAAUAAACAACUCUAGUCAUGAUUUAUAUCACUUCAAUAAACAACGUUUUUGCACUAUUCAUUACUGUCUUAACUAUAAAAGUAUCACUGGUGACCAACAUGAAAAUAUUUGACGAGCUGGACGCAAACUAUUACUGUAAAAACGCAAAGAAAUUGUGCGCGGAGUCCAUGGAGCGAGCGCCUCAUGUCGUAUGCAAAUACCACGAUCUCAAGGGCGACUGCCGUCUGUACAAAUAUUACGACAUAAGUGAGAGCAUGGCUAGAGAAAUAGUUUCCCGGAUAAAUCAGGUGAGAAGUAAAGUGGCAAACGGAAUAGCCGAAGGUCAGGAAGGAUACUUACCUACAGGAUACGGAAUGAUGAGAGUUUCAUGGGACAGCGAGCUGGCGGCUAUAGCGAAGCUGGUGAUCUCCAUGUGCCACUCACAAACCGACUACACCUGCGCGGCUACUUCAAAAUUCCACAACCCUGUAAUGGCAUAUUUGUCCAGCAUGAAUGUGGACUCCAUGGAAGAGGCGGUGGAUGAGAUUCUGAGGAACUUUGAGGAAUAUAGAGUAACGGCCGAUGACAUCUUCGUCGGACCAAACGUAAAAUAUGAAGACCAAAAGCUGCGCUACCUGAGACAAGUGGUAGGAGACUUAACACACAUCGGGUGUGCGUUGGCUGUGUAUCAAUCUUUUCAAGAUGAAAUGACACACUUAAAGUGUUACAUGUCACACUCGCCGGUCCAGAACAUGCCAGUAUACAACACUGACCAGCCGCGGCCAGAGGACAGGGCCUCGCCGAGGUGUGGCUGUCCCAUAGGCUCUAGGGAGGAUGCGGACUGUCUCUGUGUACUCAAACCCAAGACUAUCACACCAAUACCAAUACUAAACAACAACCCUCAACAAUCGAUAAAUGUUCUCAAACCGAUACACCAAACGGCGCAGAAUCCAUCACUGCCUGAUAUAAUGUGGCCUAUGACGCCCACCAAUGGGACCAACGCCACCUGCAAGCCCAGGAUUGUCAUGAUGCCCAUAUUCACUCUGCAGAACGCUCCGAGACCUAAGCGUAAUGGUACUAAGAAGAAUAAAUAUAGAAGGCGGAGAUCCCGGGACACCAAUGGCUACAGUGCUGUCACUAUUGACGAUUUCUAUUUCGAUGACGAGCCAACUCCACCAGCCAACCUGACAGUCAGAUCACAACUGCUGUACCAUCUGAAGAAAAAUAGAGAAAAAGCAGGCAUAGAGUUCUACAGCUCAGAAGAGAAACAUUCACAAACACACGACCGAAUCUGGAAGAACAUUGUAUCCCUUCUCAAUUUGUUGGAGAAGACAGGGAAGUCUGUGCAGUUGACGAGUCGAGAGGUGAUGGAAGCCAAGACCAAGCUUAAAGAAAUACAUGACAAGGUGUUAGGGAAAGCUGAAUAUGAUUUACCUGAAGAUGACUAAUGGGCGAGUUUGGUAUAGGUCUACAUACAUACAUACAUAACUUCACGCCUGUCUCCCAUGGGGGUAGGCAGAAACAAUGGACCGCCAAUAGUAUAGUUCUCUUCUAUGUAUGUUCUAUUCUUCUUUUCAUCGAAAGCACGUCGAUGUCUAGUCUAGUCAUAGGUAGUUAUAGGCAUGUGACAAUGAUCGCGGAAAAGACGGAAGAAUGCAGUCCAAUAUACGAGAAAUAAAAUUGCCGUGUCGCCUUAGGCAUACCGUGGAAUGCUAU